AUGAACACUGAGCAGUUUUGCAGCCGCGCCAUCUAUUUGAUCAACGUGAUCGCUUACUUUGUCAGCCUCGGCUGUCCGAAAGCGCUGGUGGACUCAGAGCAGAUCAUCACAGAGCUCCUGGAUAACGGCUGCGACAUCGUUGCAGCAGAGGAACCCUCAGAAGUCACCGUAAUCAACACCUGCGGCUUUAUCGACACGGCAAAAGCGGAAAGCUUCGCUACCAUCGAGCAGGCUCUGACGGAACAGCGGGAGGUGAUAGUAACCGGCUGCCUUGGCGCCCAGCGUGAUGAGUUGCUGGAACGUUUUCCCCAGCUCAAGUUUGUCUCGGGUCCUGCGGACGUCGCACCUGUUAUCGCUGCCGUGGAACAUUUUGUGCCGGCCAAACGGCAGGCAAAACCAUCGCCGAGGGAAGUACGUGAACGCUUGACCCCGGCUCACUAUGCCUACCUUAAAAUUUCUGAAGGCUGUAAUCAUACGUGCAGCUUCUGCGUCAUUCCGGAUAUGCGGGGUAAGCUGCGCUCCAGACCCAUCGACAGUGUUCUGCACGAGGCAAACGCACUGGUAGCCCAGGGGACCAAAGAGCUGUUGGUGGUUGCCCAGGAUCUGAGCGCGUAUGGUGUUGACCUCAAAUACGCCAGUGCUGACGUUGAUGGCGAGGUACUACAGGCGAAGCUCGAUGUGUUGUGUGAUGCCCUGGGCGAUAUUGCACCCUGGGUUCGCCUGCAUUACGUCUAUCCGUAUCCUAGCGUGGAUCAUCUGAUUCCUCUGAUGGCGGAAGGAAAGAUUCUGCCUUAUCUCGACAUUCCUCUGCAGCAUGCGUCACCCAAAAUACUCAAAGCCAUGCGUCGGCCGGCGGCGGCGGAAAAAGCCCUGGAACGCAUUAAUCGAUGGCGGGAAAUCUGCCCGGAGCUGGCCAUUCGCAGCACUUUUAUCGUCGGCUUUCCCGGGGAAACCCCUGACGAUGUUGGUCUCCUCCUGGAUUUUCUGGAAGAGGCACAACUCGAUCGCGUCGGCUGUUUCACUUAUUCAAGCGUCGACGGCGCACGGGCUAAUGCCCUGGAAGACCCGAUUGACGAGGUUGAUAAACUGGACCGACAGGAAAUGGUGUACGAACUGCAGGCCAAUAUUUCAGCAGCCCGCUUGAAUCGACACAUUGGACAGGAGCUGCAGGUGAUCGUCGACGAGGGCGGGCAGAACGCUGAAGGAAUUGCCAUUGGUCGUUCAAAAUACGACGCGCCGGAAAUUGAUGGCACCGUGCAUAUCUCUGGUGCUAAAGGAUUACGAGCGGGUGAGUUUGCACAAGUGAAAAUUGACCGUCACGACGACCAUGACUUAUACGGCAUGCUUGGUUUUGGCUGGCUUUGUGUUCUGGUGAUGAUUGCCAGUCUUGGCGCGCAGCGCAUAGCCCUGCUUGGGUUGGCGCAUAAUGUCGUGGUGUCGGAUGGCCUUCUGGACCCCAAUGAAGAAGGUAUGCUGGAACAGCUGCGUCGGGAAAUGGGUAUUGAUACAGGACACGAACUGGAUUACCUGGAACUCGACGGCAUUUCACAGAUUUUCUCGACUCGCCCGGUAAGGGUGGUUGCUCUGUUAAAUCUGCUCAAACUCAGCUACGCCGAUGGCGCAUUCGAAGUAGAAGAAGAAUGUUUGCUGAAAGAAAUCAGCAGCACCUUCAACAUCCCGGAUGACGAGUUUCUGCUGUUGGAUAACUGGGUGAAACGCCUGAUCAGCCUUGAAAACGAAGCCGAAAGCCUGAUUAACGCCUGA